AUGGCAAUACGUAUAAAUGAAAUAUUAAAUAUAGAUUCAUGUUUAAUUCUUUCGAAUAAUAAUACUAUUCCACGACUUGGUCUUGGUACAUGGCGAAGUGAACCAGGGAAAGUACAAAGCAUAGUUAAAGAAGCGAUUUUAAAUUGUGGUUAUCGUCAUAUUGAUUGUGCAUGGUUGUAUCGAAAUGAAAAUGAAGUUGGUAAUGGUAUACAUGAAGCUCUUGAAGAAAGUCAAGGAAAAAUAAAACGUGAAGAUCUAUUUAUUACCACUAAAUUAUGGAAUCAGCAUCAUGUACCAGAAGAUGUUGAAUGGGCGAUUCAUGAAAGUUUAAAAAAACUUCGAUUAGAUUAUGUUGAUCUCUAUCUUAUGCAUUGGCCUGUUGCUUUUAAGAAAAUGAAUGAAAAUCAAUGGUCACAAACUGAAGACAAAACAGUUCGUUAUUAUGCAGAAGGUAUAACACUUGCUGAUACAUGGAAAGCAAUGGAGAAAUUAGUUGAUCAACAAUUAGUACGUUCAAUAGGUGUAUCAAAUUUUCAACCAACAGAAAUCGAUGAAAUUCUUCAAACUGCUCGUAUUAGACCAGCUGUUAAUCAAAUUGAAUUACAUCCAUAUUUAAAUCAACAUGUAUUACGUGAAUAUUGUGCAAAACAAAAUAUUAUUAUUACAAGUUAUUGUCCAUUAGCAAAUUUAAAACGACCAAAUGAACGUGAAGAAGAUGCAUCUGCAUUAAAUAAUCCAGUAAUUCAAGAAAUAGCGAAAUUAAAAAAUCGAACAACAGCACAGGUUAUAAUUCGAUGGCAUAUUCAACAUGGCUUAACUGUUAUACCGAAAACAGUAACAUCGGAACGUCUUUAUGAAAAUUGUCAAGUAUUCGAUUUUGAAUUAUCGGAUAAAGAAAUGAAUCAAAUUGAUCAGUUAGAAAAAACUGAUCAUAGACGAUUUAUGAAUCCACCAUUUUUACGACCUGGUAAUAGGAACGUAUUUGACGAUUGA